GAGAGGCCCGACAAGUUCAGAGUGUCAGACAAGGAUGGAGGUUUCGCACUGGUGAGGAAGACUGACCUCAUUGAAGCGCACAGGAGCGCCCUGGCGGGCACCAGCUACGAAGAGAUUUCCCCGCUCCAGCUUCAUGGGAAAAUCAUCACAUUUGAGUAUUGCGACAUCGUCAAGCAAGUGGAACGGAAGGUCACAGCCACUCUUGGGGAGACGCUGAAGACGCACAAAGCGCCCGGCGAGGUUGCAUUCGGGAUCCUGCGCGCUCGCAGGCAUCAUUCGUUUCGUGGCCUCGGUGCGUGGCUAUCGAAAACGAUCAGGGACCAAUUCAAGCACAAACCGUACAUAUUGUCGAGCACAGAACAAUUGAUCGAGGUUUUGAACAAGACCACGUUCGCUGCGAAUGUUGCCUUUCUCAGGUUCGACGUGCGGGACUUCUUCAUGUCUGGCGACCCGUCCACGCUUGUGUCAGGUGCAACUCGA